CAACAAUUUGGAUUUACUUAGUAUGAAUCUUAACUGAAUGAAGUGAAACACAAUUUUGAUUAAAACGUUUCCAUCUCCUACCACAAUUCCAGGCUUGAGAAGCUGGUGUACAAGGACAACCAGCGUAGCUUUGUCCAGGAGAGGAACAGGGACAUGUAUGUGGACCGGAGCAUCAACGAGGACAACUACAACCUCUUCAGCUGUCUCUCCAGGCCAAUUCUCACAGGACACGUCUUCUGCCACUGGGCCUUUGAGCAAAGCACUUAACCCCUGAAACUGCUCCAGGGGUACUGCAGACUAGCUGAUCCUGCUCUUUCAAUCUCUCUGUGUGUUUUCUGUUCUCAACCAGUUAAGCAGGGGUUGGAACCGAAUACUGGAGGAAAAAAAACAUUUUUCGAGGAACAGAAUCAGAACCAGGAACAAACAUGUUCUAUCCUGUUGCAGAACAGAACCAUUAUUUUGAAAAGCAUGGGAACCGGUUAAUAACUUGAUUUUACAUUCCAGGCAUUUUUUUUUCUCAGUCCCACAAAAAAAAUAUGCAACGGGGUGCCAAUUCUUCAUCUUCACUAGGAACCACUGGCUUCACUAGGAACCACUGACUUCACUAGGAACCACUGGCUUCACUAGGAACCCCUGACUUCACUAGGAACCACUGGCUUCACUAGGAACCACUGGCUUCACUAGGAACCACUGGCUUCACUAGGAACCCCUGGCUUCACUAGGAACCCCUGGCUUCACUAGGAACCCCUGGCUUCAUGUAGGAACCCCUGGCUUCAUGUAGGAACCACUGGCUUCACUAGGAACCACUGGCUUCACUAGGAACCACUGGCUCGCACAAUGGAUCUUUCUGAUCCUGUCUUUUCUGACUCUCAUCUGGAUCUGCUGUGAUACCAUGGCAACUGCUGUAGUUCAAUACAUCCCAGCUGAGGAAAGUCUUCUCCUAGGCCGAAAAUAUAAGUGUUAGUAUUCUAAUAUCCCAUAACUCUUUGCAUAAAUGAAACAAAAACAAAUGGAUAUGAACAAACAAAAUUGAAAAUGUUUCUGUUGUAGAAACUGAGUAUUUAUUAUGGAUCCCCAUUAGUUCAUGCCAAAGCAGCAGCUACUCUUCCUGGGGUCCAGCAAAAUUAAGGCAGUUUAUACAAUUUUAAAAACAUUACAAUAUAUUCACAGAUUUCACAACACACCGUGUGCCCUCAGGCCCCUUCUCCACCACCACAUAUCUACAGUACUAAAUCCAUGUGUAUGUAUAGUGCAUAUGUUAUCGUGUGUGUAUAUGCAUGUGUCUGUGCCUAUGUUUGUGUUGCUUCACAGUCCCCGCUGUUCCAUAAGGUGUUUUUUAAAUCAAAUUUUACUGCUGGCAUGAGUUACUUGAUGUGGAAUAGAGUUCCAUGUAGUCAUGGCUCUAUGUAGUACUGUGCACCUCCCAUAGUCUGUUCUGGACUUGGGGACUGUGACUUCUCACCAUCUACGCUACUACUGCAUCAAUAUGUUUUGACCAUGACAGUUUACAAUCCAGGGUUACUCUAAGCAGUUUAGUCAUCUCAACUUGCUCAAUUUCCACAUUAUUUAUUACAAUAUUUAGUUGAGGUUUAGGGUUUAGUGAGUGUUUUGUUCCAAAUACAACGCUUUUAGUUUUAGAAAUAUUUAGGGCUAACUUAUUCCUUGCCACCCUCUCUGAAACUAACUGCAGCUCCUUGUUAAGUGUUGCAGUCAUUUCAGUCUCUGUAGUAGCUGACGUGUAAAGUAUUGAGUCAUCUGCAUACAUAGACAUUCUGGCUUUACUCAAAGUCAGCGGCAUGUCGUAUACAUUUUAAAAAGCAAGGGGCCUAAACAGCUACCCUGGGGAAUUCCUGACUCUAACUGGAUUAUAUUUGAGAGGCUUCCAUUAAAGAACACCUUCUGUGUUCUGUUAGACAGGUAACUCUUUAUCCACAGUACAGCAGGGGGUGUAAAGCCAUAACACAUAUGUUUUUCCAGCAGCAGACUAUGAUCGAUAAUGUCAAAAGCUGUGCUGAAGUCACCACAAUCUUAUCAUCAAUUUCUCUCAGCCAAUCAUCAGUCAUUUGUGUAAGUGCUGUGCUUGUUCAGUGUCCUUCCCUAUAAGCGUGCUGAAAUUCUGUUGUCAAUUUAUUUACUGUGAAAUAGCAUUGUAUCUGGUGAAACAGCAUUUUUCCCAGAUGUUUACAAAGUGUUGGUAACAGGCUACUUGGUCGGCUAUUUGAGCCAGUAAAGGGGGCUUUACUAUUCCUGGGUAGCAGUGACUUUAGCUUCCCUCCAGACCUGAGGGCAAAUGCUCUCUAGUAGGCUUAUAUUGAAGAUGUGGCAAAUAGGAGUAGCAAUAUCGUCUGCUAUUAUCCUCAGCAAUUUUCCACCCAGAUUGUCAGACCCUGGUGGCUUGUCAUUGUUGACAACCAUUUUUUUCACCUCUUCCACACUGACUUUAACGGAAUUCAAAAGUACUAUUCUAGUCUUUCAUAAUUUGGUCAGAUAUACUUGGAUGUGUAGUGUCAGUGUUUGUUGCUGGCAUGUCAUCCCUAUGGUUGCUAAUCUCGCCAAUGAAAAAGUAAUUAAAGUAGUUUGCAAUCUAUGGAGAUAUGAAGGAACCAGAGUCAUUCAAUAUUGAAAAUAAAACUUUUCCGUCUUUGUAGAAACUGAGUAUCAAUGGAUACAUGGAGUACGCCAAGGACCACAAGCUGCUGACCCCUUACCCAGCAUCCUCUCUGGUCCUCCCCUCCAAGCCGGAGGAAGAGGCUGGACCACUCUAACAUCUAAACAUCUAGGGGCCAAACCAACAUGGUGGAGAUCAGAGUUGGGCUCAAUUCCAUUUCAAUGCCAGUCAAUUCAGGAAGUACACUGAAAAUCCAAUUCCAAUUCUCUGUUAAUGCUCGUCUAAAAUGUAUUUUGAUAGUGAUACCUCCAAUACCUAGCAUUUCCUUUAAAGCCGUAUUCCCAUAUUGACUGUUAGGUCAACCGUAAACCCUCAAACACACAGUAGCUAUGGCAAAGAACAAUUCAAAGGCUUUUAAGUUUCUAAGUGAAUAUAAACAAACCACUAAAACUGAUUUAGAACUAUUUCCCCAUUCAGACUUCAGUCCAUUGAGCCUUGGUGCCCAGUUUAUUAUUGACUGUUUAAGGAUAGAGUCUGUUUACCUUUGUCACUGUGGGCAUGUCUGAGCUGGUGUGAGGUGACUGAGGGGAAACUGUUGUUUCCACAAUGCCUCAAUGGUAACCAAGUAACUAUCACUGAACCUAUCAACCUACCUAUAAUUACCUACCAUAAUGGUAUUAUGCGACUAGUUUAGCUGUGCUUUAGUAGUGCUUAGAUAUGUUGAAUAGGGAAUAUUGAAGAGCUACAACAUGAAUACUAACCGGACCCACCCACAGCAGGUAAUGUCUCAGAAGUGUCCGUUGGAAUGGAAUUUGGAACAAUAGUGGGGUUUUUUGUAAACAUCCAUGGAAUCGUUUUAAUUUCAUCAAUACGGAAACAACGAUUUCCUCCAUGUUGGAAAACAUUUCCUGGGACUUAAAAUGUAUCACUUUUCUAUUCCAUGUCAGAGACUGUUUGAUGAUCGUUCAUUGGGGUCACCUGAUGAAGGUAAGACAAAUUAUUUUGUCUGUCAUCACCUAGAAAUGGUGUGCUUUAAUGUGUGGUACACGUUAUGGUACACGGUAUGAUACACACAGGGCCUCCCACGGAAUCCCAACAAUACAGGGCUCUGGCCAAAAGAAGUGUACUAAACGGAGCAUAGGAUGCCAUUUGAGAAAUAACUAUAGACGUGUACAGGAUCUGUCGCUGGACUGUGGUCUUUCUCCCAUCUGUCUGUCCACAGACUGCUGUGAAGAGUGCUGCAGGCCUAGCUGUCGGUGCUGCAGAAGACGAGUGGUCUGUCUCUCCAGUAUAAUACUAACUGUAGGAACAGUCCUGGCUGUAGUAGGGGUUAUACUCGCUCUGGUCUUUGGGAUCCCCAAAUCACCUCCUGUAAACCGUGUCUGCAGGACAGCAGACAAUGCGACAGGCUUCCUGUGUGACGACAGACUGACCUGUAUCCCGCCCUCUGACCUCUGUAACGGGGUCGUGACCUGCCCCAAAGGAGCCGAUGAGGACACACACAUGUGCAGUGAUCUCCCCAACAACCUUCCAGGUGGUCUUGUGUUUCGAUGUGGAAACCCUCAGUUCUGGGUCUUUACUGACAAGAAGUGUAACAACUUCAAUGACUGUGGGGACUGCUCUGAUGAGAUUGGGCCUUAUGCUGGCUGUGCCCCCUGUGGUGUGUACUGGUGGCCCUGCAUACCAGUGGACUUCCAGUACUGUUCCUGCAUCCCUCGCUGUCUGUGCCGUGAUGGACGCCAGCACUGCUACGACUGGUCUGACGAGUACACAUGCCCCAAAAGUUUAACCUGCUAGACUAAGGUGACCAGAUUUCUGAAAUGAAAACCGGGGACAUUUCCAGCUCGGCGGUCAAUAUAUCAUUAAAAUAUCCAAUGUUAUUAUCUAUUAUAUAUAAUAUCAAUACAUCAUUAAAAUAUCCAAUGUUAUUAUCUAUUAUAUAUAAUAUCAAUACAUCAUUAAAAUAUCCAAUGUUAUUAUCUAUUAUAUAUAAUAUCAAUAUAUCAUUAAAAUAUCCAAUGUUAUUAUCUAUGAAAAAUAAAAAGGGGAACAAUUCCGGUUUCAUGUA